AUGGCUCAAACUAAUCAAUUGGGAUUGACUGAAACUGCUGCUAUUAACCAGGAUCUAGAUAACAUUAUUGGAACUAAUAAUAGGGUUCCCAGGCUCAUUUCUGGGGGAUCCAUUUCACAAGGGAAGUUCAGGUUCAUUCAGUAUAUGAGGAUCAAGGAUCCAAAGGCGUGGAGGUCCAUCUGCAAUGGACCUACUACAAUCACCUAUGUUGUGAACGAUGCUGAUGGAACAACUGCUCCUAAGCCCAAGGCUAUGUUUACUGACGAGGAACGUGAAAAACAUGAUGUUGAUAACAAAGCUCUUGCUAUGCUGCACUCUGCUCUUGCCCCAGAAGUUGACAUUGGAGUUCAUGAUUGCAAAACUGGUAAGGAAAUGUGGGAUGCUCUGCUGGCCAUCUAUGAGGGAAAUGAAGAGAUGAAGGAAAGUCGAAGAGAAAUGCUUACCCAGAAGUUCAACCUGUUCAAUCACUUCCCAGGGGCAACAUUGGAAAAUCAAAUCCAAAGAUUUGUUGCCUUGGUUAGUGAUAUGAAAACUCAUGAUAUCAGCCUUGAAAAAAAUGUCAUUAACAAGAAACUGCUCAAUGCUCUUCCAAGAAAUUGGGAUACAAAUGUGACUCUCAUCAAAAGACCAGGGAUUUAG